CUCGGAGACCGAGCCAUGUUUCUUGCUCACGUCACUCCGUUUUACCCGAAGCAGCUCGUGGAAUUUCCAGCUCUGUUGACUGAUUUGCUCCGUUCCUCAUGCUUGGCAAUGCCGUCGGGGCUACGGAACCAUGUUGCUCAAGCCCUGAUUCUUCUUAUGAAUCGAAAGUUUCUUGUCAUCGAGGAUUUGCUGGCUCUGUUUCUUGAUAUUCAGACUCUUGGUGAUAAAAACUUGCGAAAGCUUGCUUUCUCUCACAUUGUUCAAACUAUUCGUAAGAUGAGUAUCACCGAUCCUAGGCACAAAUCACUUCAGAAGAUUGUGGUCUCUAUGUUGGAGCAAGAAGAUGAAACCAAGGCUAAGAGAGCACUUGUUACCCUUUGCGAGCUUCACAAGAGAAAGGUCUGGCUUGGUGAUAAACAUGACAGAGUAGCAAUUGCGAUUUGUGAAGCCUGCUUUCAUACUUCACCUAGGAUCAUGAUAUCUUCCCUUCGGUUUCUUCUUGACUACGAGAACAUUGACGAUGAGGAUGAUAGUGAUGCUUCAAGCAGCGAUGACGAGGAUCCAAAGCAAGCAUCUCAGGUUGUGAUUAACAGAGAGGCUGUUUACAAGGCAAACAACAAAGGUACAUCUUCUAGCAAGAAGAAGAAGCAAGCAAAACUGCAACGUGCAAUGCGUAGUAUUAAAAAAAAGCAGCAUGCGUCGUCUGAGAACACCAAUUCAACUUAUUCACCUCUUAAUCAUCUAAAUGAUCCACAGAAUUUUGCAGAGAGAUUGCUUUCCCGUCUUCAGACUAGCAAGAGCAUUGGGAAAACUGCUGAACGUGUUGAGACCAGGUUGAUGAUGAUAAAAGUUAUUGCACGAACAAUAGGUCUUCACAAGUUGCAUUUAUUAAGCUUUUAUACUUAUCUUCAAAGCUAUGCUAAGCGAGAUGUAAAGGACGUUACACAAAUACUUGCAGCAGCAGUUCAGGCUUGCCAUGAUGGGGUACCUUCUGAUGCCGUGGAGCCACUAUUCAAGCAAAUAGUGAAUGAGUUUGUUGACCAAUCACGUCCUGAGGCAAUUGCUGUCGGACUCAAUGUGAUACGAGAAAUGUGCCUGAGGAUUCACGAUUUGAUGACAGAAGACUUGCUGCAAGAUCUUGUUCGGGAGAAAAAGUCCAAAACAAAAGCCAUCUCAGCAGCAGCUCGUUCCCUCAUAGCAUUGUUCAGAGAGAUCAACCCUUCGCUGCUAGUGAAAAAAGACCGUGGCCGUCCUGGAGGUCCCGUUGCCAGACCUAAACAAUAUGGAGAAGUUAAUGUCUUCAGCAAUGUUCCCAAUGUUGAGCUAUUGGAAGAAAGUGACAAUGAGAGAGAGACUGAUGAUGAUCAAGACGCGGAGUUGCCUGGCAGUGAUGAUAUCGAACAAGAGCUGAUACCUGAUGGAAGUGGAACUGAGGACGAGGCUGAAGAAGAUUCUAAUGAUGGUGAUGAUAUGAAUAACACUGAAGAUGAUAGUGAUACUGAUACUUUGGUCGGUGGUGAUGAAGAGGAAGAGAAGAAUGACAGUGACGAAGCCGGGACUGAUUCGGAAAAGAGCGAAGAAGAUGAUGGAGAAGCUUCUGAUUCUUCUGUAGAGGAUAGUGGAAACGAAGAGAAGACAAAAGGGAAGAAAAGGAAGAUGGUAUAUUUUGAUUCAAGCCUACGAGCACUAAAGAGAUUCGCAGAAGCAAAGAACGAGCAGCCAAAAUCUUCUGCUGAAAGUGAUGGCAUACUUUCCAAUGCGGACUUCCGAAAAAUCAAAGAACUUCAGGCAAAGAAGGAUGCGAAAAUUGCAUUGGCUCGAAAAGGAUUCAAAGUUCCGGAUUCUGAUCAGCUAAGUAAGAAGCGGGUCGAUCCAGCCAAACUUGAAGCUCACAUAAGGCAUAAACUAACGAAAGAAGAAAGAAUGGAAUUAGUUAAAGCGGGUAGGGAGGACCGAGGGAAAUACAAAUCCAAGACUGCCAUCAAGCAGAAGAAGAGUGGAGGAUCGAGCAAUAGGCAGAAGGAGCACAAGAAGAAUAUGCCUCUCGCUGCAGUAAGAUCAAAGGUUGGGAAAUCAAAGAGAGCCAAGAAAAUGAAGAAUAGCCUCAGCGGAAGCCAGUUCAGAGGUAGGAAAGCUUGGAAGUGA